GUAAAACUAGUCAGGAAACCGAAAUACGAAAUGUGUUUUUCAAUGUUAAAAGUCCAAAAGUAGUUUCACUAAUUUAAAAAUUUAGAGAUGUAGAUUUAGGCUCUAGAUCUAGCUGCUCUUUCUUUGUUGGAAGUACCCAGUAUUACAUUUGCAUCUUUCAAGAGAAUUUCUUUUUAAAUGACAUAACUAAAAUUUCAAAGCGAGCUCGGAACAAUUUUUAAAAAUUUUUUAAUAAUGUCUUGCCUGUUGCCAAGAUUGUUUGUCUCCUCAUCAAAACUUCAAGGUGUAUUAUCAAAACAUAAAUUGAAAACCAUUGUAUCCUGUGACCACUUCUUACUUCAACAAUUUCAAUGUGGCAGUAAUGUACACUACCGAGGUUACAUGGGAUUUUCUCUGGGAGAUACCAAUGUUAGUAAAGCUGUGUCUGAUGCAGAAAAAAUUGUUGGCUACCCCACAUCAUUCCUCAGUCUCCGGUGCCUGCUUUCUGAUGAGCUGUCCAACAUUGCUUUGCAUAUGAGGAAACUGGUGGGCACUAAACACCCACUUCUUAAGACAGCGAGAGGAAUGGUGUUUGAUGGUAAAAACAAUUUACAGCUACGUGGAUUGUUGAUAAUGUUAAUUUCAAAAGCUGCUGGUCCUAACCCAAGUGCCUUACACACAGAACAUGAAAUGAUUAGUGGGGUCUAUCCCAGUCAGCGUUCCUUGGCUGAAAUUACAGAGGUUAUCUACACAGCAAACCUGAUACACAAAGGUGUGGUCAACCUGAACGAGCUGUUACCAGAUGAUGGUCCUUUUGCUGACAUGGAGUUUGGCAACAAAAUGGCAGUGUUAAGUGGGGACUACCUUCUUGCUUCAGCCUGCUCAGGCUUGGCUAAAUUAGGAUUUCCCAUUGUGGUAGAAAAAGUUGCCAGCUGUAUAGCAGACAUGAUGUCAGCAGAGUUCACAGAGUACACAGAUUCCAAUGGUAAACCAAACAUGCCAAAAAGCUGCCUGGGCUUCUCUGAUUGGUUGAUACAGACCCACUUGUCAUUAGGAAGUCUCCUGGCUAAGAGUUGUCAAUCUGCCAUGAUCCUGGCUGGCCAUUCGAAGAGUUUUGAGGACAGCGCUUAUGCAUUUGGGGAAAAUACUAUUUAUGCUCAACAGAUGUCCAAGGACAUUGUAUCCAUCACCCAAAAGGAUGAGCUGUCAAACUUCUCCCUGACCUCAGCACCUGUUUUCUUAUACAAGGAGAUAGCGCCAGCACAAGACUUUACACACCUGGAAACUCUAUGGCAUGGGGGCGCAGCUAAUUAUAAAAUGAUCACAACCAUAUUAUUAAAAAGUGGGGUGGUAGACCAGUGUAUAGAGCGCUGCCAGCAGUACAGAGCUCAAGCUAUUGCUGCCUUAGACUGUUUCCAGCACUCGGAUGCCAAGUCAGCCCUCAUCAAUGUGGUCAAUGCUGUCAGCAGCCUUAGAUAACAUCCUCAGGCCAUUGUUCCUGCUUAGUGGUGAUAAGUAAACAAUUGUAUUUUAGUUGUUAAUUAGUUGAAUGUAAGAUAGGGAGGUUAUCUGAAUUGUUUUAAAGUGCAAAUUUGAGGCUCUUUUGUUUUUCUUUGGAUGGAUUUUGAAAAAUCACAAUCAGACUUGUUUUUUCGACUAGUUUACUGCUGUGCUCAAUGUUUUGAUAUUAGAAAAAAGAAGGUAUAUUUUUAUGUACUAAAAUUGUAAUAUAAAUUAACUAACUUAAGAGUAGAAGUUUUCUGCUUAGGAAAAUACUUUUUUUUAAAUAAAAUUUUUAGAUUGUAUUAUGUUCAGGAUUGCAAGGAUGUUUAAUUUUUCUGAAUAAUUUUAUUGUAUUUUAAACCUAUUGAAAUCAAACUCUUUUCUUGUGCUGCAGUUAACUUUUUGCCAUAACAUAAGACUAUGAUUGAACUAGGUUUAGCAAAGGACUAUGUCCUUUUUUUUCUGGUGCUAGUGUCUUUCCUUGUCAUAUGUGGGUGGUUAAAAUACCGGGUGAUAUCUUACAAUACAGUGAUACGUUGAGAAGCUGGGAAAGACUGUUAAAGUAUGGUGGAUGUGCUGGUAGAGGUUGGUGGAUGUGCUGGUAGAGGUUGGUGGAUGUGCUGGUAGUUUGGUGGAUGUGCUGGUAAUUUGGUGGAUGUGCUCAUAAAGUUUAGUGGAUGUGCUGGUAGAGGUUGGUGGAUGUGCUGGUAGAGGUUGGUGGAUGUGCUGGUAGAGGUUGGUGGAUGUGCUGGUAGUUUGGUGGAUGUGCUGGUAAUUUGGUGGAUGUGCUGGUAAUUUGGUGGAUGUGUUGGUAAUUUGGUGGAUGUGCUCAUAAAGUUUAGUGGAUGUGCUGGUAGAGGUUGGUGGAUGUGCUGGUAGUUUGGUGGAUGUGCUGGUAAUUUGGUGGAUGUGUUGGUAAUUUGGUGGAUGUGCUCAUAAAGUUUAGUGGAUGUGCUGGUAGAGGUUGGUGGAUGUGCUGGUAGAGGUUGGUGGAUGUGCUGGUAGAGGUUGGUGGAUGUGCUGGUAGUUUGGUGAAUGUGCUGGUAAUUUGGUGGAUGUGCUGGUAAUUUGGUGGAUGUGUUGGUAAUUUGGUGGAUGUGCUCAUAAAGUUUAGUGGAUGUGCUGGUAAUUUGGUGGAUGUGCUGGUAAUUUGGUGGAUGUGCUGGUAAUUUGGUGGAUGUGCUGGUAGAGGUUGGUGGAUGUGCUGGUAGAGUUAGGUGGAUGUGCUGGUAGAGUUUGGUGGAUGUGCUGGUAGAGGUUGGUGGAUGUGCUGGUAGAGUUAGGUGGAUGUGCUGGUAGUUUGGUGGAUGUGCUGGUAAUUUGGUGGAUGUGUUGGUAAUUUGGUGGAUGUGCUGGUAAUUUGGUGGAUGUGCUAGUAGAGUUUGGUGGAUGUGCUGGUAAUUUGGUGGAUGUGUUGGUAAUUUGGUGGAUGUGCUGGUAAUUUGGUGGAUGUGCUGGUAAUUUGGUGGAUGUGCUGGUAGAGUUAGGUGGAUGUGUUGGUAGAGUUAGGUGGAUGUGUUGGUAAUUUGGUGGAUGUGCUGGUAAUUUGGUGGAUGUGCUGGUAGAAUUUGGUGGAUGUGCUAGUAGAGUUUGGUGGAUGUGCUGGUAGUUUGGUGGAUGUGCUGGUAGUUUGGUGGAUGUGCUGGUAGAGUUUGGUGGAUGUGCUGGUAGAAUUUGGUGGAUGUGCUAGUAGAGUUUGGUGGAUGUGCUGGUAGAGUUAGGUGGAUGUGCUGGUAGAGUUUGGUGGAUGUGCUGGUAAUUUGGUGGAUGUGCUGGUAAUUUGGUGGAUGUGUUGGUAAUUUGGUGGAUGUGCUGGUAGAGUUAGGUGGAUGUGUUGGUAGAGUUAGGUGGAUGUGUUGGUAAUUUGGUGGAUGUGCUGGUAAUUUGGUGGAUGUGCUAGUAGAGUUUGGUGGAUGUGCUGGUAGUUUGGUGGAUGUGCUGGUAGAAUUUGGUGGAUGUGCUAGUAGAGUUUGGUGGAUGUGCUGGUAGAGUUAGGUGGAUGUGCUGGUAGAGUUUGGUGGAUGUGCUGGUAGAGUUUGGUGGAUGUGCUGGUAAAGUUUGGUGGAUGUGCUGGUAAUUUGGUGGAUGUGCUGGUAAUUUGGUGGAUGUGCUAGUAGAGUUUGGUGGAUGUGCUGGUAAUUUGGUGGAUGUGCUGGUAGUUUGGUGGAUGUGCUGGUAGAAUUUGGUGGAUGUGCUAGUAGAGUUUGGUGGAUGUGCUGGUAGAGUUGGGUGGAUGUGCUGGUAGAGUUGGGUGGAUGUGCUGGUAGAGUUUGUUGAUCAGCUGGGAGUUGGUGGAUGUGCUGUAAUUUGGUGGAUGUGCUGGCAGAAUAUUUCAAGUAUUUAUACAAAAAUGACACUGCUUUUAUCAGAAGCUUGUGUUUUGUAUAGCCUGGAUUAAAGGUUUUAGUAAUGAGGUCAUACACACUACCAGGGUUGACAACAGAGUUUAAAUUUAAUGGGUUCGUUCCCCUUUUUCAAUCUGAUCUCCCUUUAUUCUGCUACAAAUUUACUUUUGGCUAUUGGUGUUUUAAAUAAAGUUAAACCUCACGAUUUCAUCAAUUAUCAAUAUGCCUAUUGUUAUUUGUAGUAGAUUAGAUUUUAUGUGUAUGAAAUAAUCAUUUUAAAAACUAAUACAUUUAAUGUGUUAUUUUGUUUUCAUAAGUAUAGAAUAACCAGCAUGGAUGUGUUUGCU